AUGCGAUCGCAUUUUACUCCACGUCUGAUUGCAGCUGUAACUAGUGGGUUAGUUAUCGUCCUCACGGUCUUCUUUUUCUUCUAUCAAACUGCACCGUUCUUUGCGCGUGAAAUCAGUCACAAGGCAUCCUCGCUUCCCUCGGACACUGAUACCUCAUCGCAUUUUGCUCCACGACAGAACAUUUGGGCAGAUCUAUCCGAUCGCGAAGUGGUGGACGUUUUAAAAUACGUCCAUUCAGUUGCCUCUGAUCUUAAUCUCACGGCUGCCGUGAAUGCUACACUGUGGGAUAACUUUGUUCAUGGAAUUGAACUUUCUCGGCCCACCAAGAAGGACGCCCUGAGAUAUAUCAUCGGUGUAUCUGAAAUCCCUACCCCAAGAUACGCGCGAAUUGCCAUCCAUCACGGCACAUCGUCUCGGGUAUACUGGGAUGAGUACAUUGUGGGACCGUUGCCACUGUCUGAAAGCACAAAGUUAAAGCCCCUGGAAUACAGUCAUCGAACAGACAUUGAACACCCUCAAAAUCUUGUACCAGACGGAAUUUCUUUCAAGCAAUGGCCCUACUCAAUCGCUCAAUCCGUGGCCGAUAUCACGCAGGAUCUCCUUGGAAGCACAAUCAACGCAGACGGAAAGCUCGAUCCGGAUGGUCUGGAAGUGAGCUUCCGCGACCCCUGGGUUGAAGAUGGUCACAUCCUCCGUUGGUGUAGUUUCCAGCGGGCUGGAACCCGCGCCGAAGCAGGAACCCUUCUUCCACAAGGCCUUUAUGUCAAGCUAGACACCACUGGACGAGAUCCAACCAAAUGGAAGGUUCUCAGGUGGUAUUACAAUGGACAUUUGUAUAAAUCCACGGAGGAGUUUCGCGCUGCAUGGCAAUCACCCGGGUUCGAGAAAUUGCCUCCUAACCAUGAUGGGCCGUGGACCACCAUUGAGGACUUUUCAUCUCAUGCGUAUGAGCGAGAAAAGCCAGCGCCUAUCAUGAUCCACACAGGGAAGCCACGGUAUCAACUAGAUCGGCACGCUCAGUAUGUAUCAUGGAUGGGGUUUACCUUUUACUGGGCAUUUGCGCAGGCGACGGGCAUUACCUUGUUUGACGUACGCUUCCAAGGCGAGCGUAUUCUAUACGAACUAGGCCUUCAGGAAGCCAUGGCGCAGUAUGCCGGUAGCGAUCCAUUACAGGGAGCGGCGGCAUACUUGGAUACGUUCUUUGGCAUGGGUCGUGCAAUGUUCGAGUUGGUUCCCGGCUACGACUGUCCCGCUUAUGCGGACUUUAUGGACACAAUUAUAUAUGAUGCUGAGCGCACCCAAAGACGACAAAAAACCAUAUGUUUGUUCGAGUAUACAGCGGAUUAUCCCUUGCAGCGACACUCAACAUCAUUCUAUGUGACCAUUUCUCGGAAUAAUUACCUUGUGCUGCGAACUACGGCGGUAGUCGGAAACUAUGACUACACCGUUGACUAUAUAUUCUAUCUAGAUGGAAGCAUCGAGGUCAAAGUACGGGCCAGUGGUUACAUUCAAGGCGCAUAUUUGAUGCCUGGGGAAACCCAAGAAUAUGGCUUCCGCGUACAUGACCAAUUCUCAACUAGCAUGCACGAUCACGUCAUCAACUUCAAGGCCGAUUUUGACAUCGUUGAUUCCCGAAAUACCCUCAUGAAAGUGAAUAUAGAGCCAAAGACCAAAUCCUACCCCUGGUCAGAAGGGGAAGAACUGCACACUAUGAGCCUCAGCAGUGCUCCUGUUUUGAAGGAAACUGGCUUCAAUUGGCCUGCAAACUCGCAAUCUAUGUAUGUUGUGACAAACAACCGUUCGCAGAAUAAGUGGGGAGAGACCCGCGGCUACCGUAUCAUGCCUGGCUCGGGAAUGGGCACACCGGCACACCUGGCCUUCGAAGGCUCCCGCAGUCUAGGCAAAGCGGCGGCAUGGGCUAUCAAAGACCUUUGGGUGACGAAACAGAAGGAUGAUGAAGUGCGAAGUGCCAGUCCGCGCAAUGUCUUCAGCACGGAUCGUCCUAUGGUUGAUUUCAGUCAGUAUCUAGAUGACGAGGAUAUCGUACAAGAAGAUCUUGUGAUAUGGUUCAAUUUGGGAAACCACCACGUACCGCACUCGGGAGACAUCCCCAAUACUCUGCAGCACACAAGUUCCAGCUCUGCCAUGCUCAUGCCAUUCAAUUUUCAUGACCGCGACCCCAGCCGUAAGAGCGCGCAGGGGGUUCGCGUAGAUCUUGCGGGAAAGAAGUCGGGGACAGCGAAGGCCGAGUUCUUCGGUCAUCACUACGAGCACAGCUUCGUGCUAGAUGAGAGUCAUAUAGUUCCUAAUUUGACCGCAUAUGGGGCUGAAGAGCACCAUGUGAGAAAAUUUCCAUACACCGAAGAUAUGCUAGCCAUGUAA